AUGGAUUCUAAUAAUUUUUCGCAGGUUUUGGCUCAACUGCAAGAAACCAAUCACGCAUUUUUGGCACAAAUGUUGGCUCAAAACCAAGCUAUUUUGGAAGAUGUUAUUUCGAGGAACAAGAGCUCUUUGGUGAUACCUUCGUUCAGAAAUUUCAAUGGUGGAACAGAACAAUGGUCAACAUAUCAAUUUCAAUUGGAACAGCAUAUGAUAGCAAGUUCUGUAAAAUGUGAAGAUACGAAGCGGUCUUGUUUUCUUAGCUGGGUUGGAUCUGAUGUUUUGGAGCUUUUACAAAGGCUAUUUGAUGGGAAAGCAGAAGUACAACCAUACAAGGAGUUAGUUACCGCAUUAGAAAAUCAUUUUGGAAGUCAACAGCACAUUUUAGCCGCUCGAUUUAAAUUUUAUAAUCAAACAAGAAUGAAGGAGAAUCAGAAAUACGUUGAUUGGGUUGCAGAUCUAAGAGGUGUAGCCAGAGAAUGUAAUUUUACGUGUGAAAAUGAAUACUGCAGACAAUCCUACGUCGAUAACAAAAUAAGGGAUAUGAUUGUGUUAUACACUCCACAUAAGAAAGUCCGAACAGCUUGUUUGCAAAAAUCAAAUCCAUCUUUAGAAGAGGUGCUGCAAAUUUGUUCAAUUUUUGAAGCAACUGUUAAGGCGUCGGAUGAGAUCGAAGAUACUAAGGAGCCGACAAAUGAAGUUCACGCUAUUCAACGUUAUAAUGUUUCAGAAAGUAAAUCAAAGGGAAAGCUUACUUUCAAGAAUUUACAGUCUUGUCCAGGCUGUGGAAAGUCUCAUCAGAGAGAAGAAUGUUAUCACUUUAAGAAUAGAACCAGAUGCAAUAGAUGCUCGAAGCUUGGACAUAUAUCGAAAGUAUGUCAAGCACAAGGUAAGCUUGGAAAUAGUCAACAAAUUCAUGAAAUGGAGGUAGAGGAAUCGUCUAUAAGUCACGUUGAAGCAAUCGACACCGUCAAUAAUGGAAAGAAUGAUAAACUCAUGAUCACUAUUAAGGUAAAUAACGAAGAAUUGCCAUUUCAAUUAGACACUGGAGCUUCAUGCUCAUUGAUUGGACUUGACGUCUACAAGAAAUUAAAACAACCUUUGUGUAGUCCAAGUAAUAAAACAUUAAAAGCGUAUGGAGGAGCUAUGUUGGCUCUAAAAGGGGUGGUUAAUGUGGAUGUUAAGGUCGGCAACCAAACACGAAAUUUACAACUUUACGUUGUUGAUUUGGAAAAUGUUGUGAACAUAUUUGGAUUCGAUUGGUUUAAAGAAUUUGAUUUUCAGAUAAAAAGUCCAUACAAUAACCUAGUGAUCGAAAACUGCUUGCAAGUUUCAAAUGACUCUCUUACGGAUUUAGAAUGUAGAUUGAAACAAGUCUUAAACAAUUUCAAUGAAGUUUUUUCUGAAGGACUUGGACACUGUCCAACGUUUAAAGCAGAUAUUACCCUUAAGCCCGAUGCAGUUCCAAAAUUUAUGAAACCUUACAAUAUUCCAUUUGCGUUACACGACAAAGUUCGAGAGGAAAUUGACCGUUUGGUCUCCAAUGGCGUCAUAGAGCCAAUAAAUUCGAGUGAAUGGGCUUCGCCAAUUGUGGUGGUUCCAAAACCAAAUGGUUCCAUAAGGGUUUGCGCCGAUUUUAAAGUUACUUUAAAUUCCCAAAUAAAAAUUGAAAGAUAUCCCAUACCAAGAAUCGAAGAAUUAUUCCACAAACUUCAAGGAGGUCGGUAUUUCUCUAAAAUUGACUUGAGUGAAGCAUAUUUGCAGAUUGAAUUGUCUGAUGCAGCAAAAAGAAUUAUGGUUAUAAAUACUCCUUUUGGUUUAUAUCAAUAUAAGCGUAUGCCUUUCGGGAUUGCAAGUGCACCCGCAAUUUUUCAGAGAUUCAUGGAGGAAACAUUAGCAGAUAUUCCUGGAUGCGCAAUUUACCUUGAUGACGUAAUUAUAACAGGAAAAACAAACAGUGAACAUAUUCAGAACUUGACUAAUGUGCUGGAGAAACUAAAAUAUCAUGGACUCAAAUGUAAAACUGAGAAAUGUGAGAUUUCGAAAUCUUUGGUCGAAUAUGUAGGCCACAUUAUUGACUGUGAUGGUAUAAGACCUUCAGAAAAACGUUUGGCUGCAAUUCAGAAUAUGCCAAGGCCAUCAAAUAUUAAAUAA